CUCCCCAGUCCCAAGCAGUCAGCACGUCAACCUCCAGCAGCAGUCGCGCGUCGUUGCAGUGAGCGACCAAAUCGUCGCCACGCCGCGCAUGCGACGGUUUCUCAAUCUUCCCAUACCGGUGCCAUCCCCGCGAGCCGCGUCCCGCAUGCUCGUAGGCGGUAAGCACAGCCGACCAGAUGGACGCCUCCAGCGUCUUCCGCCAGGUCGAAGGCUUCGGCAUCUUCCCUCCCAGAGGGCUCCCGCAUCAGUCUCACCAUCUUCCGCAACCUCACCAACGCUUCAACGUCCACGCAUCUGACCGCCCGCCAUAUGCCGACGAUCACGAUCACGAUGACGCAGAAAGUCCGAAUCGUAUUGCGCAUACUCUGACAGCCUGUUGCCGGUGUCGUCAGCGGAAAACACGAUGCGACCCAAAUCUGCCUCGCUGUUUACCUUGCGAAAGGUCUGGUUCCGUCUGCGAGUAUUUCGACACAACCAAGGGCAAGAAGAUUAGUCGCUAUUACGUCGUGCGACUUCAGGAGAAAGUACGAGCACUUGAGGCUGAGCUCGGCCAGUACGUGGAUGAGGAAGAGCUGCCAAGGAGUCAGGAAGACUUUGUUGGCCCUGGUGGGCUCGUGCGGCUCAAUGAUUCCGACGAGACCCCACGAUAUCUUGGCCCGUCGAGCGGAAUCGCCAUGGUACGCAUUCUUAUGGAGGAGGCGAAGCGGUAUACCGACUCGAAAAGGAUCUCGGAAUUGAUCCCAGAAGUCAAGAACAAGCGGCGUCCAGAGGACCGCAUGGUAGAAUCUGUGGCGCCGCGAUCCCGGUCGUUCGGCACGGCGCAACAAGCACAGCGUAGGAAGAGUUACCCCAUGAUCAGCGCAGUACCUGCGAGCAGUCUUCCCAGUCGACCAAUCGCGGAUCGGCUUGUAGAGGUUUUCCAACAAAGAGCACAAAUCUUCACGCCAACGCUACAUGAAGCCAGUCUGAUCGAAAUGACAGAGAACGUCUAUGCUGGAAGUACAGAUCCAUUUCAGAACUUUGUUGUGCGACUGGUCAUGGCCAUCAGCAUGCAGAAACUCGAUACACAGUAUGCAGGCCUUGCGGAUAGUUACUACCUUGCUGCCAUUGGCUACUUCGAAAAUGUCGUGCGCCCAAAAGACCUCAAAACGCUCCAAUGUCUGGUAUUAGUCGGACAGCACUCCCUCCUGACUCCCACGCGGACCGCGGUAUACUACGUUAUUGGACUGGCCACCAGAAUCUGCCAGCAGCUUGGCUUCGCCGAUGAAAAGACAAUAGCGCUGGGCGCCGACGACCCUUUGACUCUGGACAUGCGGCGGCGUGUUAGCUGGAGUGUGAGGACAAUGGAAUACGGGCUUUCCCAGAGCAUGGGUCGACCGUGCGGCUUUGCCAAGACAGAUGACGACGUGGAUGUCAAGUAUUUUGACGUUGCCCGAGAUGUCAACAUCACAAAAGACGGCAUUCUGCAGGGUCCACCGGAUGUCAAAAAGCUCGUAGCCAUUCACUUCUGCAAGAUGAGAGAGCUCCAAGCCGAGAUCCGAAGAGUGCUAUACAAGAAACAGCCUAAUGGCCCGAAGGAUGACGGACACCCGUGGUUUUUGGAGUUCGAAGCCCGAAUGAACAGGUGGCUUGAAGCAUCGCCCACUGAUCCUGCGUGGUGCAAGCCCUGGUUCACUGGGAGAAUGCACACGAUGGUGGUGACCAUGCACCGCCCUACGCCUCAAUGUCCGAGACCAUCAGUGCGGUCAGCUACGAAAUGCUUCGAUUCAUCGGCCUAUGUUAUCGACAUUUCCAGCAAGCAGAUGAUGGGCGCAGCCGUGGACAUUACAUGGGUGUUCUUGCUCACGCUCUAUAUGGCAUUAAACGCGCUUUUGUGGAGUGUUACAUACCCAGAUGUGAGGCGAAAUCACGACAGGGAUGAAGUCCAAAAUCUCGUCAACAUUGCUCUCGAUAUCAUCGACCAGUGCGCAGACAGAUGGCCAGGAACCGCGGCAGCUUCGCAGUUAUACUCCACCCUGGCCAAAGCGACAUUAGAAAGUUACAAUUCACAAGAGACGCCCACCAUGUCGCCGUACAGUGCAUUUGGGACGCCUCCGACCCAAGGCGAUCCCUAUUCGCCACCUUCUGGGGACUCUGCGCACACUUCCGCAACCACUACGGGUCAACAGCUCUUCAACCCGCCACAAUUCGGCCAGGUUUUCAAUACCAUGCCUGAACAGAUUACAGACUUUGGCUUCAACGGAAACGGCUUUGCUCAGCAGCAACAGCAUCCUACCUUCAGGUCAAACUCCAUAUUCCAAAAUCCAGCGUCUAACGACAGCGGCGGCCGGCGCUUCAGCUACUUCCCCCCAGACUACAACCAAAUGACGGUCGAGGGCCCCGGUGACGACAGACUAUCGCCCAUAUCCGACACGACGAUAUCGCCACCACUUCAAUCUCCGCCACAACAUCUGCCGAGUCCACCAGAGUCAAUGGCCGCCGGUGGCUCCGGCAACAUGCCCACGUCUAUGCUGAGCAGCCGUAUGAUGGCUGGUUCAAAUUUGACGCAAUCUCCUAUGUCCGCGUUGACCAGUAGCACAAUGCCACCACCACAACAACAACAACGACGGCCGCAACCGAACUUUACAAUUCCGCCAGCGCCCGGGCAUCACCGGCCACAGGGACAACAGCCUUUGCCACAAGCUGCCACCGUUACGGAUUGGUUCAAUCCACCGCCCCCAUUCAUUACGCCGUAUACUGCUUUUGGAGGUGUAUCGGCCGGCUUCUGGGGAGGUGGAGGUGGCAACCCUCAAUCCGGGCUUCAGGGGCCACAAUUUGCAGGACUGCCACCGGAGAGGCAAGGUAGCUUGAGCCAAGAACAACAGGCUGAGCUCAUGGAUGUACUUGAGAGCGAGGGACUCACAGAUAUAGAUGCGUAUCUGAACCUAGGGUUGGAUGGGUUUGCCAGGAAUGGCAAUGCCACUGGCGCUCCACAGAACAUGAGCUGGACAUCGUAGUCUCGAUUGACUGCUAUGGCCCUUCACGAUAUCGUUGGAUUACACGGCGUAGAUAAUUGGCUUGAUUGUAGACUAUCCGUGCAUUGCAGGCCUAAAGAAACUACAAUAGACAGCCCAAUGUAAUAUCUGUAUGGCACAUGAAUCAAGGCCACUUCCUCCAGG